AUGGCAAAAAAGUCUUACGACGCACUGUUUAAAAUUCUACUCAUUGGAGAUUCUGGUGUUGGCAAAACUUGCCUACUCGUUCGUUAUGUAGAAGAGUCUUUUGUACCAACCUUCAUUUCAACAAUAGGAAUCGAUUUUAAGAUCAAAACAAUUGAGUUAGAAGGAAAGAAAAUAAAGCUUCAGAUAUGGGAUACUGCAGGCCAGGAACGCUUUCAUACGAUUACUUCCUCUUACUAUCGUGGUGCUAUGGGUAUAAUGUUGAUAUACGAUAUUACCAGUCGCCAAACGUUUGAUAACAUCCAGACCUGGAUGAAUAGAACCUUUUCUUUAGCAUCAAACGAGGUUGAGAAGUUGCUGAUUGCUAAUAAGUGUGACAUGGCGCAUAACCGAGUUGUAUCUUAUGAAGAGGGUUGGAGAAAAGCAGAGGAAUAUGGGAUUGGUUUUCUGGAAACAAGUGCGAAGUCAUCAACAAAUGUACACAAGGCCUUCGAGGAUUUAACUCGCGCCAUCCUCCAUAACAGCUCUAUACGUAGACAUGAGUCAUCUACGGUGACUCAGGUCCACCGGUUAGUCGAACCUCCAAAUUCCAUUUCUGGAACAUGCUGUAGUACAGGAUAG